AUGUCGAGAGUUUCUCACCAAGGAUGCACCGAAGAUGCUUCGCUCUGGAGGCGGAGUAGCAGCAGCCGUAGGACUCUUCCCAGCCCCCAGCCGCAAACAAGCAACCCCACCCCGUUGUUUGAAUUCGACCACAGAGCCACGCCAGCCGCAGAGUCACUACGUGAGCUCCUGAACAAUUUAGGUCAUGCGGCUCUUCUACGGCCGAACGCUGCACAAGCGGUGGCUCGUGCCUUUGCAUGCAGCCCGAUUUCAUCCAGCGAAACUGGGGCGGAAUGCCGCGCGCUGCCUUCCUCACACCCUGUAGCCGCAGCGACAGGCACAGCUCCCGGAUUGCCUCUGGAGGAAAGGAAGGAGGCUCAGACUCGUGGCGAGCAGGAUACCGGUCGAGUGCAUGGCGUUAGAGGGUUUGUUUUGUGCGAAGUUGCAGGCCACGGUUUGUUGCUGCUGAAGCGGAAGAAGAAGAAGAAAAGCGGAAAAGGCGCUUCUGAUGAAGAAAAAGCGCCGACUCUGCAGCUGCCAGGGGGUCAUGCGGAUUGGAGUGACCUCCCCGCUGCUCAGCAGAGGUACUGUACCGCGUGUACAGCAGGGCGUCAUGUAGAACAUGGCCAAUUUACCGAUCUCGGAGAUGCAGAAAAAAGACGCAAAGUGCUCUGUGUGUGUGGAUUUACCCUCGAUUUAGAGAGGACUCGAUUGGCGGUUGCCGCUGAGAUGGAAAAGCGGGUUCAGCAAGAGCUCGAAAAGGAACCGCAGCAUGAGGAAAUACGGCUACUGCAGCAGCAGCACCUGAUGCAGGAAUGGGCACGGGUGGCUGCUGGAAGGGAGCUGUGGGAAGAGACAGGGGUGGACAUUCGGAAUAACUUGGAAUUGCUGAUCCCCCUUCCGCCUAUUUAUGGAAAGCGUGUUUCUGCAUUUUAUUUCCUGCUUCAGCUUCCCGCUGAUCGGGCUAAUUCAUCUCUUAUUACGUCUCAUGCGGUUUCCGGCGGGCCGUACGCCAUACUGGGGCCCCUAGGGGGAGGCGCCCCCAGCAUGCUCCUUAGGAUAGACCAGAGGGAACAUGACGGAUUUCUCUUGCAGCAGGAUCUGCGAAAAGCUGCAGAGAGCGUUCAACACCACUCAGGUGGCAGAUCCACCCAGGCUGUUCUAAAGUUGCUGGAGCUCCUGGAGGGUGCGAACGAAACGACAGUUUCGUAA